CCUUCUUACUUUCUUUUUUUUUUAAUUAAUAAUUGCGAUAAUUAUUUGGAGAGAGAAAGAGAAAGAGAGAGAGAGAGUGAGAGAGAGAGAGAGAGAGGGAGAGAGUGUGUGUGUGUGUGUGUGUGUGUGUGUGUGUUUAUGUUCAAUUACAAGAGGCUCAGAUGGGUUGCCUCAGAUCCAGGGAACGCAAAUGAUAUGUGAGGAAAAAAGGGUACUAUCUUUUAUAGGUUUUUCCUGUGAUUCUUGGGACUAUGCCUGUCUUGGGUUCUUUCUCAUGACCCUUUUUCACUGCCUUUCUUGUGUUUAUAGAAAAGGGGAUGGUUUCAAAUUUAAGUUAGAAAUUAAUUUUUUAUGUUUAUUUAUUCAUUUAUUUUUCUCCAUUUAAAGUGGUUUUCUGGUUGUUUCUCUCUUGCUGUAGUUGAUGGAGGUAGAUAGAGAAGAGUCCAGAGAAGAAGAAGUUGACAGGCCUAAACGUGUCGUCUAUUUUAACUAUUUUUGGUUAUAAUUUCUACAAAUGGAAGUUUGGAUCCGUUGUUGUUGACCAGAUCUGUUAACCCAUUUCCUUUUCAGCACCUUUUAGCUUGUCCAUACAUUCGCAAAGCCUUGAAUUUGCUUAUUUAUAUAUAUAUAUAUAUUUUUUUUCUCUUUUAAAGUCUUUAAUUGAGCUGUGGCUUAGGCAUGGAAAAUGGUCCAUUGGAACCCACCGUCCACAUUCCAGGAUCAUUCUUAAUGAGUAGAGGAGGUAAUAAAUUAGUUGAAAAAUGACAGGUUGUGUGAUUUUGGAGGGUAACUUUUUGUACUGCCCAGAUAAGGAUUUUCAUGGAGGAGAUGUCCCCGGCGGUCGCGGUGCCAUUUAGAGUAGGUAAUUCAGUCUGUGAUAACCCAACCAUAGCUGCCCACAUGGAUAUCACAAGACUUAAGCUAAUGACCGACACGGCUGGCUUGUUAUCCGAUUCUCUGCCUAAAGCUUCUUCCACUGACCCUGUUGUUGCGGCUGGUGACGAGGAUUGUAAUAAUUGUAGUAGUGUGUUGGAGAAUGAAGAUAUUGCUAUAGCGGUUCCCGAACAGGACAAGGGAGAAUUAGCUCCUUUGUUGGAUAUGAUAUCUCAAAACAAAAGCAAUUGGGUUGCUGGUGAUGAUUUGAUAGCUCGGGAAAGUGAGGAAGAUGAUUCUUUGUCAUUGGAUGGUGAUCAGAUUCUUGAUAGCUCUUGUUCUCUUUCUGUGGCCAGUGAGAAUGGUAGCAUAUGCGGGGAGGAUUUGUUGGGUUUUGAGGCCACUUUUGAUGUAGGAACAUCGCGUUCUGUAGACGUAGACAAAAGCAUAUACAAUGUUGAUGUUGUUGCUAAGGCUGCUGCUAACUUGGAGGGAUCGAAUGUGGAGACAGAUAUAGCAAGUGAUUCCCUUUCUGUAGCAGUCAGUCUUGAAAAAAUUGGAGAUGGGUCUGACUCAAAGCCAUCCGCUGUUCUUCUUGAGUUGCCUGUGGAAAAAGUGGUCAGUGGAACAGUCAGCCGAAGUGUUUUUGAGGUGGAUUAUGUGCCUCUUUGGGGAUUUACAUCUAUGUGUGGAAGAAGACCUGAGAUGGAAGAUGCAUUUGCAACUGUUCCCCGGUUCUUGAAGAUUCCUAUUCAAAUGUUGAUUGGUGAUCGAGUACUUGAUGGCAUGAGCAAGGGUUUGCCUCAUCAGACUCUUCAUUUCUUUGGAGUAUAUGAUGGUCAUGGAGGCUUUCAGGUUGCUAAUUAUUGUCGUGAUCGUGUCCAUUUGGCUUUGGCUGAGGAGAUAGAAUUGGUUAAGCAAGGGUUGAUUGAUGGUGGUAUAAAGGAUGAUUGCCAAGAGCAGUGGAGAAAGGCAUUCACCAAUUGUUUUCUUAAAGUUGAUGCUGAAGUUGGAGGAAAAGCUAGUCAUGAUCCUGUUGCCCCUGAAACUGUUGGUUCUACCGCGGUUGUUGCCAUUAUUUGUUCCUCACAUAUCAUAGUUGCAAACUGUGGAGAUUCAAGGGCAGUUCUGUGUCGGGGGAAAGAACCCAUGGCAUUGUCAGUGGAUCAUAAACCAAACCGGGAAGAUGAAUAUGCAAGAAUUGAGGCAGCUGGAGGCAAGGUCAUACAGUGGAAUGGGCAUCGUGUGUUUGGCGUUCUUGCUAUGUCAAGGUCUAUUGGUGAUAGAUACUUGAAACCAUGGAUCAUUCCUGAACCAGAAGUGAUGUUUCUUCCUCGGGCAAAAGAUGAUGAAUGCCUCAUUCUGGCAAGUGAUGGUCUGUGGGAUGUCAUGACAAAUGAGGAAGUUUGUGAGCUGGCACGGAGAAGAAUACUUCUUUGGCACAAAAAGAAUGGUGUUUCACUUCCCUCAGAAAGGGGAGAGGGAAUUGACCCAGCAGCUCAAGCAGCAGCAGAAUAUCUUUCGAACCGCGCACUUCAGAAAGGCAGCAAGGACAACAUUACAGUGAUCGUGGUGGAUUUGAAAGCUCAAAGAAAGUUUAAGAGCAAAACGUGAAGUUCAAUCCUCUGCUCUGUAUUAACCCAUGGCUGGUUCGAUAUAAACUUGAUAUAGUUUUUGCCCUUUUUGUUUUUCACUGGGGCUAUAUCUCUUCAUUGGAAACCGCAGGCUGUAUGUACUAUAGAAAAACAUUCGCCAUUCUGGAACCAUUCACUGAUGUGUCUAGUUGUAUACCAUGUCCAGUUCUGGCUGUGUAAAUUUUUAGAUGGUUGUUGUAGGAAUAGGAGAUGGUGACACUUAUGAAGCUCUUGACUUGAUGGCAAAUUGUAUUCAUUAUGCCUCCGAGUUAAAAAGGCUCUGUGAGGCAGUUACUUUGGUAUUAUUUCGACCACGUGGUGCUUAUAAAAGUAGCAAAACUUGAAGAUUA